AAUUGACGUUUCGAUGUUUGUUUACCAACAAUGCAGCGGCAGCCAGGCAAAAAUUAAUCUCCAGCUCGAAAUGGAUAAAACUCGGCGAAAAGUAGAGAAUAUUUGUCGUUUUUGUUUAAGUGAAGAUGGAAAGCAUCUAUCUGCUGCUUUAGAAUUACUAAACGAUUCACUUUCUGUUGAAGAUAUCGAACGAUUCACCGGCAUUAAGAUGCAGCCAAAUGAAUGCAUUGCUUACGUUAUUUGUGAUGAUUGCCGCGAAAAACUAAGCAAUUCGAUUGCCUUCCGUACGCUUUGUAUAGAAAACGAUGCUCUGUUUAGACAACUGUUUGCCUUGCAUGAAUCUUGCGCGAAAUCGUGUUCUGCAGCCUUUCAAAGUGAUAUUAACAUUGAAAUAUUAGACUCAGUUGAUCCUGACGAAAACAGGCUCCCGCAUGUAGAAUACGUGUUGCAGGAAAGUACGUUGAACGAUGUUGAUGCGGCUGACGAAGACUAUGACCUCACAUCGAACAGCUCACUAGAGGAGCAUGGAAAAUGUUGCAACUCGAAACUCGGACGCCAUUUGCCUGAUGAUGAGCUAGAUAACCUAGAGGAUUGUGUGGAGGAUGUAGAAAAGAACGUAACCACAAAUCAGCCAACGUCUUCAAAAGCACAACGAAUGAUAACACAUAGCCAGGAAAGGAAGUUUAGCUGCCCGCACUGUUCGCUUCAAACCACGCUCAAAUCAAACUUACACCAUCACAUUCAAAAUGUACAUUUUAAGAACGCGUCCAAAACAUGUUCCUUGUGUGGCGAAACAUUCUCUUCCUACUACGCAUACAAAUACCACAGGGCCUCACAGCACGGAAAUCGAGAGUGCGAGACGGAGUGCAAUAUCUGCUCCAAAAAGUUUGCCAACAUUGCUUCCUACAACAUACAUUAUGGACGCUUUCAUGCCACUAGCGACCAAAAGAACCGUCCUAAAACGAGAAAGAAGCAACUGUGCGACGAAUGCGGCAUUAUGGUCACUCAACUUUCCACCCACAGCUUAACACACAGCCAGGAGAAACACCUGGCAUGUCCACACUGUCCCAUUAAGAUGGCAGACAAGGGAAACCUCUCGCGGCACAUCCAGGCGGUGCAUCUGAAGAAGGUCGUGAGAAGCUGUGAAACGUGUGCCAAAGAAUUUCUGCACGUUAACCUCUACAAAUAUCAUAUGCUUUCGGUGCACGGCAUUGGCAAAACGUUCGAUUGUGAUGUAUGUGCGAAGAAGUUUAAAACGCUGGCUGGACUGAAAAUUCAUAAAAUCUCACUGCACAGCAAUGAAAAGCGAUUCGGGUGCGGUACGUGCGGUAUGAUGUUUAAAGUAAAACAUACGCUACGAACACACGAAAAGCGUGUACACUCUGCGGAGAAACCGUUCGCUUGCAGUCAGUGUCCAAAGCGUUUUAAAAGUCCGUACGGCAAAAAGUCGCACGAACUCACACACAGUGGAAUAGUAUUUGCAUGUACGUUGUGUGAAAAAUCGUACCGGUACAAAUCGUUGCUGCAAACGCACAUGAAAAAGCAACACUCCAGCAUUGAGGAAAUAAAUAUGGAGCACCAACCGCGGUCGAGGCGCCCCGUUUUGACAUUUUGCGAUACAAUAACAAAAGCUAUCGUAAACAAACGUCUGCUUCCGUACGAAAUGGAUGAAUUUCGACGCGAAAUAAACAGCGUUUGUAGGCUGUGUUUGUGCGAUAACGAAGAUAUUUUAUUUCCAGCUACCAAAAUCAUCGAUACCACACUAACCGUAGAGCAUAUCGAACAAUUAGUAGGAGUACAGCUUGCUGAAAACCAAAUCAAACGCUAUGCUCUGUGCAUCGAUUGUAACCACAAAAUGCGUAAAUUCAACGCGUAUCGAAUUUCGUGUCUGGACAAUGAUGUACGGUUUCGACAGCUGUUUGCGGAGACCGUUGUCGAAGCGGAUUCAUCUCACGAGGCGUACACAGAAUCUGUAACAAAUCAAUUGAUCAAUGAUAGUUGUGAUAAUGCCAACGAUGAAAAUGAACCGCCGGAAAAUGACGAAACGAUAGAUGUGCAAGAAGAAAUUUAUGAAAUCGAUGAAAGCAUUGACAUAGAGGCAAGCUUUAUCGACAACGAUAUGCUCGAAGAAAACUCGAAUGAUAAUGAAUCUUCAUCCCGUAGUGAAGAGUGGCCUAACAACAAUCGUGAAAGUACAAUCUCUACAACUGAUGGAAACAGCACUACCACUGAAAGUGCUGCGUUGAGCACGGAAAUGACAAAGGAUAAGGAGCUUUGUACGCUGUGCGGAAAGUUGGUAGCCUCGGUAGCACACCACAUGGAGACGCAUACGAAGGAACUAAAAUUUGCCUGCCAGUACUGUGGUAAGAAGUGGAGCCGCAAAGCGUACCUGAACCAGCACAUACAAGGCGUUCACCUUAAAAAGGUCGUAAAGUCUUGCGAACAAUGCAACCGAGGAUUCAGCUACAUGGAAUCCUAUACGGCGCAUAUGCGAGCACAACAUGGCGUCGGGGAAUCGUUCGAAUGUAAAAUAUGCAAUUUAAAGUUUCGCCACAUAGGCGGCUUACGAGGCCACUGGAAUCGAAAGCACAAUCCGGCGACCAACUGUGAAUGUUCGAUUUGUGGGAUGAAGUUUCAAGACAAACGCGGCCUAAAAGAGCAUCAUCGUGUACAUUCGAACGAGAAACCGUACGCCUGCAGGUACUGCCCUAAACAAUUCAAACGCUCCACGCAUCGGAAGGCACACGAACUGAUUCAUCAAGGUGUUAAAUUUCCUUGCACGGUGUGCGAAAAAGUCUACUCAUAUAAGACCCUGCUGAAUUUGCACAUGAGAAAAUUCCAUACACCGGAUGAAGAUAUGGAAAAUGCAGAAAAUGAUUAAUGAUACAGAGGAAAGAAAAAACAAUCGAAAUAAAAAAAAAAACAAAGGUUGAAUGAGAUUCUUCCCUACAGCAUCAGUGCAAGCAAGAUCAGGAGUAAUUUCGGCGAAGCACGGGAGAAAGGCGAUUCGGCGAUGUAUGUAGAACUAGUUGUGGGAAUUCAGAUACGUCCAUUAUGACCAUGUUGAUCGUAGCAUAGCAUUGGAGGGUUCAUAGAACGUAUUUUGACUUUGUUUUAACUUGGCGAUAGGAAAACAUAUUUUACACUGUUGCUACAUCAUGCGCUACAGCAAAUUGCGAAUAUGUGUAGCGAUACGCACCUGUUGCAUGCAGAGCGAUCUACUUCUUGGAGUAGGUAGAUAGGUUUUUACACAAUAUAUCCUUCACAAUUUUACUAAUGAAAUGGAAAU